GGAGAAUUUAUAACUUUUAGGUUAAAAUAAUCAACGACUGCGUUUUGUGAGUCUCCAGUUUUUAUUUCAUUAAUACAUGGAAAUUGGAAAAAGUCGAAAACAGAAGAAAAAUUCUUCAAAGGAAAAAGUCACAAAACUAAAUUCAAAUAAGAACUGCACAGAUCUCUGCGAUUAGCUCAAGGGAGGAAGACAAAGACGAUCAUCUAAGUCAGAGAUAACAAUGUCUAGCAGUGAUGAUUUAGAUGAAGAUGAGCUACUUCAAAUGGCGUUGAAGGAGCAAUCUCAGAGAGAUGUUACCUAUCAGAAGCCUCCUUCCGCUAAUUCCCGUAAGCCAGUCACCAAUUUAGUGCAGCAGCCACGGAGACAAAAGAGGGCGGCAGCUCCUCCGUCUAAGGGAGGUGCGAAGGCGUCAAGGAAGCCAUCGAUGGAUGAGGAUGAUGAAUCGGAGGUGGAAUUGCUUAGCAUUUCGAGCGGGGAUGAAGAUGAGGGAAAUGAUCGGGGAAGAGGUGGUGGUGGUGACGGUGGCGGAGGUAGAGGAAGAGGUGGAAGUGGUAAGGAGAGAGGACGAGCGCGGAAGGAAGAUGAUAGAGCUUGGGAUGGAGUGGAGCCAGAUUGCUGGAAACGGGUUAAUGAAGCUGAGCUUGCACGCAAGGUUCGUGAUAUGCGGGAGUCGAGAACAGCACCAUCCGUGACUCAGAACCUUGAUAGAAAGGUAUCUGGAGCUGACAAGAAAGUGGUUCUUACCAGUUUGCAAUCAUUCCCUCGUGGCAUGGAAUGCAUUGAUCCGCUAAAAUUGGGGAUAAUAGAUAACAAGACACUGAGAUUAAUCACUGAGUCAUCUGAAAGUCUUUCAAAAGCUGAGAAAGUGGAUAAUGCACUUAGGGAAAAGUUGGUGUACACCUCUGACCAUUUCGAUCCCAAGCUAUUUAUUUCUCGCAUUCACCAAGAGACAAGUGCAGCAGACUUAGAAUCUGGGGCCCUUGCCCUGAAAAGUGACUUAAAGGGCCGUAAUCUACAAAGGAAACAAUUGGUGAAAGAUAAUUUUGACUGCUUUGUCUCGUGUAAAACAACAAUUGAUGAUAUUGAAUCAAAACUGAAACGGAUUGAAGACGACCCAGACGGAUCGGGAACUACUCAUUUGUUUAAUUGUAUGAAGAGUGUGACAUCACGGGCUAAUCGUGCUUUUGAGCCACUUUUUGAGAGACAGGCCCAAGCUGAGAAGAUCAGGUCUGUACAAGGAAUGCUUCAGAGAUUCCGUACACUCUUCAAUUUACCCAGUAUAAUUCGUAGUAGUAUUAGCAAAGGCGAGUAUGAUUUGGCUGUUCGGGAAUACAAGAAGGCGAAGUCUAUUGCUCUCCCUUCUCAUGUAAAUUUACUCAAGCGCGUACUCGAGGAGGUUGAGAAAGUGAUGCAGGAGUUUAAAGGCACCCUUUACAGGUCUAUGGAAGAUCCGAAAAUAGAUUUUACGAGUCUGGAAAACACUGUGAGGCUUUUGCUGGAACUGGAGCCUGAAUCGGAUCCUGUUUGGCAUUACUUAAAUGUUCAGAAUCAUAGGAUCCAUGGGAUGCUUGAAAAGUGUACAUUUGAUCAUGAAGCAAGGAUGGAAAUUUUGCGCAACCAGGUGCAUGAGAGAGCUCUCUCUGACGCGAAGUGGCGACAAAUUCAACAAAAUGGUGUUCAACUUUCAGAUGACACGUCUUCUAUGGAAGAUAAUCAAGUUCAAGUUGACCAACCAUUAGAAGAGUCAGCGAGGAGAGAAAAGGAUGCUUUGAGGGGAAGAUACAUCAAGAUAUUGACUGCUGUAAUCGUAUAUCAUCUCCCUACGUUUUGGAAAACAGCUCUUUCUGUUUUUACUGGGAAAUUUGCCAAGUCUUCCCAAGUUAAUGAUACUUCAGCCAGUAAAGCUGAGGAGAAGGCGGAAGAAGCGAGAUAUUCAAGUCAUUCUUUGGAAGAAAUUGCUGGGAUGAUACGCAAUACCAUUUCUGUUUAUGAAGCAAAGGUGCAAAGCACUUUUCAUGAUUUUGACGAAUCAUACAUUCUCCACCCAUAUAUGAGUGAUACAAUCAAAGAAGUAUCAAAAGCAUGCCAAGCUUUUGAGGCCAAAGAGUCAGCUCCCCAUAGUGCUGUCAUGGCACUAAGAAAAGUUAAGGUGGAAAUCACUAAAAUAUACAUCCAAAGGCUCUGCUCUUGGAUGAGAGCGUCUACAGAAGAAAUAUCAAAGGAAGAGACGUGGAUUCCAGUUUCUAUUCUUGAAAGGAACAGAUCUCCAUAUUCCAUCUCUUACCUGCCCCUUGCAUUUCGUUCAAUUAUUGUUUCUGGGAUGGAACAAAUUAAUAUGAUGAUUCUAUCUUUAAAAGGUGAAGCUGCUAGAUCCGAAGAUAUGUUUGCGCAUAUUGAAGAAAUUCUGAUAUCUGUUAGACUUGCCUUUUUGAACUGCUUUCUGGAUUUUGCUGCUCACUUGGAGCAAAUUGGUGCUGACCUUUCUCAACGCACUACAAAGCGAGAGAGUUGGCAAAAUGGAUACUCCAAUGACCACCAGGAAGAACAAUCAAUCAAUGCUCCUGAAAGUGUUGUUGAUCCUCACAGGCAGUUGUUGAUGAUCUUAAGUAAUAUAGGUUACUGCAAAGACGAACUUGCCUCUGAGCUUUACAACAAGUACAAAUAUACCUGGUUACAGUCUAGGAGAAAUGAUGAAGACAUCAGCGAUCUUCAAGAUCUAAUGAUGUCUUUCUCUGGUCUUGGAGAGAAGGUUCUCGAACAUUACACUUUUGCUAAGGCAAACUUGAUCAGAACAGCCGCCACAAAUUAUCUGCUGGACUCUGGUAUUCAGUGGGGGGCAGCGCCUCCAGUAAAAGGCAUACGAGAUGCUGCUGUUGAGCUGUUACACACUCUUGUAGCUGUCCAUGCAGAGGUAUUUGCGGGUGCCAAACCACUCCUGGACAAAAUUCUUGGCACUUUGGUUGAAGGUCUGAUUGAUACUUUUCUCAGUCUUCUAGACGAAAACAGAUCUGACGACCUGAGUUCAAUAGAUGCAAAUGGUUUCUGCCAAUUGAUGCUUGAGCUCGAGUAUUUUGAGACGAUACUGAAGCCAUAUUUGACGGUUGAUGCAACCGAGUCUCUAAAGUCUCUGCAAGGAGCUGUGUUGGAGAAAGCUAUAGAGAGUAUAAGCGAGACAGUUGAGAACAACCCGGGAGGGCAUCAAAGGAAACCAACACGUGGCAGUGAAGAUGCAAUUUCAGAUGACAAACAAUCAUCCGUAUCCCCAGAUGAUCUCCUUGCUCUUGCACAGCAAUGUACAAGCGGAAUGCUUCAACUGGAGCUAGAGAAGACCCGUUUGAACAGUGCAUGUUUCAUUGAGACCAUUCCGUUGGAUCCAGUGCCACCAGUAGCCAAAGCUGCCUACUCCAGAACAUCAACUGAUUCUCCAAGCAGAAACUAUAGAGAGUCACAACCAAUGGGUUCUCCGGUUCAAGCCAGACCCAGACGAAGAUAAGACUUCUCUUCUCCAUUGUUACUAUGCUCGAAGCGUGUUGGUGAUCAUGACAAGUUAUAUCUUACGAUAGAUACCUCAAAACUUUUAAUUUCAUCACUAAUCUUUUUUUUACUGUAAAUUUACAUGCUUACAAUUACAUUAAUCUUUUCUCAUGAAAUCAAUCUUGUUUGCGUUUUCAGCCUCCUGUACUGUGAAUCAAUUUGAUGGUUUGGUUAAUCAAAAUGUCUUUCCU